AUGGGAGCAUCAUCAUCUACCAUCGGCAAUUUUGAGCAUUUCAGUGAAAAAUUUCAGCCAACACUCUGUCGACUUCGAAUUGAUGAAAAUCUCUUUUUCUCACCCGCUAGUAUUGCCUUAGCUUUGUCAAUGUGUGCAGUCGGCGCUCGACACCUGACCUUAAAACAAAUGCUCGAUGUGCUCGGAUUUCGAUCGAUCGAAGACUUGAUCAAGACAUCUGAACAGGUUCUCAACGUAUUUUCUGUUGUCAGUCAAGAUCCAUCCAUUCAGAUGAAAUUGGCCCAUCGUCUUUACGUACAGAAGUCAUAUCAAGUCGAACAAGACUAUCUAGAACUAAUUCAAAAAUCGUUCUCGUCGGAUGUUCAAUUCGAAGACUUCAAGAUUGAAUUAACGAGAACCAUUUCAAAAAUCAAUGCUUGGGUGGAGCAGCAAACUGAUCAGCUCGUAAAUCUCACACCUUUGCCUGAUGAUAUUCCAAAAGAUGCAGGGUUAAUUGUCAUUAGUUGUGUCUAUUUCAAAGGAACGUGGGAGAGUAAGUUUAACGAAAAAUUGACUGAUUACAAUGCAACUUUUUACGAAACAAACGGAACAACAUCGAAAGUGACCUUGAUGGUUCAAAGAGAGAAAUUUCUGUAUGCGAGAAAUAAAUCACUACGUGCACAAAUCGUCCAUAUUCCUUAUAAACAUAGCAGCAAGGAUGUUCAACUUAUGUUCACAAUCAUUUUACCUAAGGCAGCUGCCCCCAUACACAGACUUGAGCAAAAAUUCACCUCAAAGCCUCAGUUGUUACAAAAUGCGAUGAAACUAGAGAACGCGAAAUCACGAGAUUUAUUAUUACAUGUACCGAAGUUUAAAAUCGAAAGCACCUUUGAGUUAAAAUCUGUUUUGCAACGACUGCGAAUGAAAUACCCGUUUGAUCAAAACAUCGCCAAUUUCACUGGCAUCGUGAGUAGCCAGGAUGCUGGAUCUCAACUGCUUAUCGACAAGGUCAUUCACAAGGCAGUUAUUGAUGUAAAUGAACAAGGUACCGACAGUGAUGCUGUUCAAGCCUUUUCGGGAUCCAAAGCAACGACUUUUGAAGGACCAUGGAAGAAACGUCCGAUUGUGUUUCGAGCUAAUCGACCAUUUUUAUUUUACAUUCGAGAAGUUCGCCAAAACGUGACGUUAUUCGCUGGGAAAUUCGGCAACAAUGAGAUUUUGUCGUCAUAA